AUGGAGUUUUUCCACACAGGGGGCGGUAAUGAGGCGACUGCUGUGGCUGCGGUAUACCUCAUCAUCUCGGUCUUCCGUCAGCUCGAUAACUACGAAAGAAUGUUCCUUCACAAUGAGAUCAUUUCAGACUUGAUACACUCAACGCAAAACGCUGUUGACUCCUUUAGCAAGAAGAUCGGCAUUGUCGGCAUGGGUUCCAUCGGCCAAACCGUCGCAAGGCAAGCGGCUGCCCUUGGAAUGGAGAUUCACUGCAUCGACAGGCCUAAUCUUCGGAAAACGUUGGAAGCACUGAGGAGUCGCUGCAUAGAUGAGAAAGCUUUGUGCGAUGCCAUCGAGAGCGGUGCCGUGGCAGCAGACGGGCUUGAUGUAUACUACAAUGAGUAA